GGGACUUUCUCGUGGACGGAGCAUUGCGGCCUCUGCUGAAGGACACUUUGCUCAGUCUGGUUUCACAGCGGUCGUGUGUGUGAAAGGACCAUUGAACACCCACCAUGGGAGGACACGAUGCAGGAACUCAGCACCAGUUCACUGGGAUUGCCAAAUACUUCAAUUCAUACACCAUCACAGGAAGGAGGAAUUGUGUCCUGGCCACAUAUGCCACCAUAGCAGCCAUCGCCCUUUUCUUCAAAUUGAAGCCCAAGAAGCAAGCCGCGGUCACAGAAAAGUGAUCAUGUUUCCAUUUGACCAUCAUUUCGAGCCGCUGAGGGUGGCGAGAGCAGCUGGAUAUGCUUGUUGUUAAAUAUGACUGUUUGGUUUUCCCCAUGUAAACAAUAAAAACAUAUAUGCCCCAACCUUA